AUGAGGAGAAAGCAGAAGUGGGUUAUCCGCUUCGAGCAAGGACAUUGGUCUAACCCACCUGAAUUGUGGACCUCUUUUUAUCUAGCCGAGUUCCUGUUUCUUCUGUGGGGAGUGUACCUCUGCUAUGCUGUCCGGACUGUACCGUCAGCCUUCCAUGAACCACGCUACAUGACUGUUGCCAUGUACAAUGAACUCCUCAUAUCGGCAGUAUUCCACACCAUUAGGUUCACUCUGGCUCCUCAGUGGCAUCCUGACUGGAUGCUCAUGCUGGUCUUCACUCACACACACCUCACCGUGACUGUCACUUUGGGGCUGCUGUUUGUACCAAAGUGUCUGUCAACAGAGACUCAGGCGAGUGAUGACAUUGCCACUGAAACUUAUGAAGAGGAGCUGGACAUGGGCCGAUCCGGGUCCUACCUCAACAGCAGCAUCACCUCAGCCUGGAGCGAACACAGCCUGGACCCCGAGGACAUACGGGACGAGCUCAAGAAGCUUUACGCCCAACUGGAAGUCUACAAGCGCAAGAAGAUGCUGGCCAACAACCCACACCUGCAGAAGAAGCGCAGCUCCAAGAAGGGCCUGGGCCGCUCUCUCAUGAGGCGCCUUACUGAGAUCCCGGAGACCUUGCACCGACAUGGCAGCUAUGGCAGUCGUGAGGAACGUGAAGGUAGCGAGCACGGGAGCAACCGCAGCACCCUUCGACGGAAUCCCUUCGACUCAUCUCAUUCAGGUCACAAGUCCAGGGAAGACUCUUUGAAGAACAAAGUUCUGGGCCUGAAUAAGUCACACAGCUACGACCACGUUUGUGACCAAGCUAAGGAAACUGCCGACGGAGAGGGCUCGGGUGGGGACAAAAUGGCCACCAGCGAUGGUUCCUUGCUGGGAUCUCUCAUUAGGAGACAGGUUAAGAAAUCACCGGAGCCUGCCCCAAAGGUGGAACCGGCCGAGUCAGUGCCCUUGGUCUGCAAGUCGGCCAGCGCGCACAACUUCACAGCGGACAAAAAGCCCAUUCAGCUGAGGACGUCCAUCAUGCAGAAGUCACUGAGUGUCAUCACCAGUGCCAAAGAGAAGAUGCCCGGGCUCACCAGCAAGACCCAUAGCGCAGAGGAUGCCAGCAAGAAGGGACUCAAAGGUCGCGAUGGGAGGAUACUGUCUGAGGUGGACGAAAUGGAGUGUUAUCCUAAGAUGAUCAUCAGCCAGUCGGUAGAGUACUCCAGGACACCCAUGGCCAAGAUGGGCAUCAUGAAGCAGCAGGUGAGUGGCAGCCAGCCGUCCAUCAACACAGAGCCGGGGAGAAACCUGUAUGACCUCUCCGAGGUGUGCUCUUGGGAUGUGGAGGACCCUCCAACCCCGUCGGAAGGAAGGUCCCAGAAGCAUGUGUCCAUUGCUCCGGGAGAGACCACCGCGGUCCACAGGGGUGAUGGUGGUGGUGGCACGGGUAGCACCAAGGGCAGUCGCUCCCAACAGAAGCAGCAGAGAGCCGCGGGGCAAUCGCCUGCAGGCCGACAGCGCUCCAAAGACAAGGGGGGUGAACGAGACGAGGCCAGAGAAGCAAGGAAGCCCAGGUCUCCCAGAUCUCCGCUCCUGCUCAAACCGGAGGUGUGCCCCUGGGCCUUUGAGGUGCAGCCGGUGUUGGGAGGCAAUUCAGACUCCAUCUCCCCAGAGAGGAUCAGACGUAAGAGGAGCGUCACACCCACUGAUGGGAAGCCCAAGAUCCUCCACUCAGACUACUCCAAAUCCACAGGGAGUCUGCUGCAGCCACCCACCCUGAUGGUGGACAUCUGUCCCUGGGACUACAAUGAAGCCCCAGCCCCUCCUUCCCCCAGCCAGGAGAAGACCUGCUCCAGUCCCACGGCUCACUCCAAGCGGAAACGAAAAGGUUCGUGCUCCUCCAAAGAAAGGGGAGAGAGAGAGAAAGGAGGGAGGGACAAGGAGGAAGAGAAGCAGCAUAGGUCAAAGAGCAAGGAGAGCUCCUCCAGCAGGCCCUCGGAAAGACCACGUGUCAGCCAAUCAUCAGAGGGUGGUCCGGUCACCGUGCCAACAUCCGGGAGACGGAGAAGCUUGACAAGAGACCCGGAGGCGUCGGAGAACAAGAGGGUGGAGGCGUGCCCGUGGGAAGUAGAGGACGCACAUGCCAGCGUAGCACAGACAAAGCCUUCUCCAGCGAAAGAAAACUCUUUGAGUUCUGAUUACAAACAACCCGUAAGCACUGCUAAAAGGGUUGACGUUUGCCCCUGGGAUUUUGAAGACAAUGGGUCAGAGAAAAGUGCAUGAUAAUCGAAAUAAUAGACUAUGUGUUUUGUACUCACGGUAAAAAAAGCCUUGCAAACUGGGUUUUAAAGAUAAGGGUGGGAUAAACAGUUGCACUGUGGUUAUGUCAAAAUAAUUUUGUGAAGUAAAACAUGACACUACGGUCUGUUAAAGCAUUCCAAACAAAGUAUUUGUUCAAUUACAAAGUCCUGUUGUUAGUUGUGCCAUUAAUGCAGCUUAAAGUCACUUCAUCCGCAUUGUAGAGAAAUGUUUAGUAGGCACUAUUUGCUUGUACAUUUGCUCAGUUUGCAGUUUUGCGCGUUUUGUCACACUCUUUAAUAAGUUGAACACAUCCUUACUACCUGUGAGGGAAUUUACACUGAAUUAAUUACAGACAACAAUCUGAUUUAGACAGAUUUGUACAAGAAUGUGGGACUGAUUUAACCAGUCCAUUUUUGUAAACAACUAAUUGAUGAUAUUGCCACAUGUUCCACUAUACUAGACUGGAGUUCUCUUUUGUCUGUAUCCUGCACCUGGGUCAUUCCAUUAUGCUAGACUGGAGUUCUCUUUCGUCUGUAUCCUGCACCUGGUUCAUUCUUGUCAAGUAGUGGGCCAAGUAUGAAUUCAGAGUGUUGGUCAUCGGGAAGUGUAUAAUGUAACUUCCAUAUGAAGCACAGUGCACAGAUAAUUAUACAGUUAAUUCUGGGGCCUUAUAGAUUAUACAAAGGAUGUGAAUUGGAAGUGUUGAGUAGGAGAAAUAGCUACAUAGGUGCACCAUACAUAGUUACCACUUGCAUAGCAACAUGAGGAUGCACCCCCUUAAUAAGGAAGAGUAUCUCACCUGUAUUUGGUCUCCUUUCAGUCAAACAUGCUUUGUGUUCGUACAAAAAACAAACUGAAGUUUAUCUUUGAUGCAUACGUUUUGUAAAACUGCUAUAGAAUGUGGCAGAGCACUUCCAGAAAUUGCUUUGUGUCAAUUCAUCAACUUACAUCCAAAAUGCUACAGCAUUUGGUAAUGGACCUUUUUUGCAAAAGAAACAAACAUUUCUUAUUGGACAAGUUAAACUUAGUCCCUCCCCUGUUUCAGUGUGUUAUCCUCCAGUUGGCUUCCUAGUGAGUAAGACCCAGCUAAUCCGUAACACAAUUCUUCUCAGUGGUGGAAAAAGUACCCAAUUGUCAUACUUGAGUAAAAGUAAAGAUACCUUAUUGGAAAAUGACUCAAGUAAAAGUGAAAGUCACCCAGUAAAACAGUACUUGAGUAAAAGUCUAAAAGUAUUUGGUUUUAAAUAUACUUAAGUAUCAAAAGUAAAAAGUAUAAAUAAUUUCAAAUUGCUUAUAUUAAGCAAGCCAAAACAGCACAAUAGUUUGUUUUUAUUUAUUUACGGAUAUUCAGGGGAACACUCCAACACUCAGACAUCAUUUACAAAUUAAGCAUUUUUGUUUAGUGAGUCUACCAGAUCAGAGGAAGUAGGGAUGACCAGGAUGUUCUCUGUUUAGUGAGUCUACCAGAUCAGAGGCAGUAGGGAUGACCAGGUUGUUCUCUGUUUAGUGAGUCUACCAGAUCAGAGGAAGUAGGGAUGACCAGGGAUGUUUUCUUGAUAAGUGUGUGAUUCGACUGUUUUCCUGUCCUGCUAAGUAUUCAAAUGUAACAAGUAUUUUGGGGGUUUCUGGAUAAAUGUAUGGAGUAAAAAAGUUAAUUAUUGUCUUUAGGAAUAUAGUAAAGUAAAAGUACAAAUUGUCAAAAAUAUAAAUAGUAAAGUAUAGAUAUCCCCCCCCCCCCCCAAAAUGACUUUAGUAGUACUUUAUAAAGUAUUUGUACUUACGUACUUCACACCACUGAUUCUGCUGUAUCCAUUAAUGCUACAGUGACUUCUGCAUGACAGUAAACAUAUUGGCCCAACGUCUCACUGCUCUUAGCGAACUCUGCUCUGUUAUAACCUGUUUGUUGAGUGAACUUGUACCACUGUCGUCUUUUUACUAUAAUGCUUGGUAACACGCUGUUGCAUCCACAUAGGAAUAUUUAUAUUGUACAUUUAUAUUGUGUUCUGUUGUAAUCGCAUGUACAUAACUCCCCCCUUAACCUGCAAUAAAUAUUUAUAUAUAA